UUGAUCUGCGUGCUUGUGAUAGUGAGCGUGUCAUAAAGUUAACAUAUCUUUUGAAGAGGCUCUCGGUGUAUUGGCAGUAGUUUCCUGGUCUUGGAGGUAGUGUUAGUUCUCCCCGUUUCAUCACACGGGAAUUUCAAGAGAGAAGAGGUUCAGUAGGUACCAGUCAGGAUGGCCCUGUGGAAUCAGUUGCAGCAGCUGGACACCAGGUACCUGGAGCAGCUAUACCACCUGUAUAGUGAAAGCUUCCCCAUGGAGUUGCGGCAGUUCCUUGCCCACUGGAUUGAGAGCCAAGACUGGGUCUAUGCAACCAACAGCGAGUCCCACGCCACGCUGGUGUUCCACAACCUUCUGGGGGAGAUCGACCAGCAGUACAGUCGCUUCCUGCAGGAGAACAACGUGCUGUACCAGCACAACCUGCGUCGCAUCAAGCAGCACCUGCAGAGCAAGUACCUGGAGAAGCCCGUGGAGAUCGCCCGCAUCGUGGCCCGCUGCCUGUGGGAGGAGCAGAGACUGCUGCAGUCAGUCGCCACCGAGUCGCAGGAGGGACAGGUGGCCCACCUGUCAGCGGCAGUGGUCACGGAGAAGCAGCAGAUGCUGGAGCACAACCUGCAGGACGUCAGGAAGAGGGUGCAGGACAUGGAACAGAAGAUGAAAAUGCUAGAGAACCUGCAGGAUGACUUUGACUUCAACUACAAGACUCUGAAAAACCAAGGGGACAUGUCCCAGGAUCUGAACGGGAACAACCAGGCAGCCACCAGGCAGAAGAUGGGCCAGCUGGAACAGAUGCUCACUGCUCUGGACCAGCUCAGAAGGCAAAUCGUAACAGAGAUGGCGGGGCUUCUCUCAGCCAUGGAGUUUGUGCAGAAGAACCUGACUGAGGAGGAGCUGGCAGAUUGGAAAAGGAGGCAGCAGAUAGCCUGCAUUGGAGGGACACCCAACACCUGCUUGGACCGUCUGGAGACAUGGAUGACAUCCUUGGCAGAGUCCCAGCUGCAAAUCCGCCAGCAGAUAAAUAAGCUGGAAGAGCUGCAGCAGAAGGUGUCCUACAAGGGGGACCCCAUCAUUCAGCACCGGCCCGCCCUGGAGGAGAAGAUCGUUAACAUCUUCAGGAACCUCAUGAAGAGUGCCUUUGUGGUGGAGCGCCAGCCCUGUAUGCCAAUGCACCCAGACAGGCCCCUGGUCAUCAAGACUGGUGUACAGUUCACCAACAAAGUCAGGUUACUAGUCAAAUUUCCAGAACUGAAUUACCAGCUGAAAAUCAAAGUGUGCAUGGACAAAGAAUCAGGGGAUUCGCUGCGGGGGUCCCGGAAAUUUAACAUACUGGGUACCAACACCAAGGUGAUGAACAUGGAGGAGUCUAACAAUGGCAGUUUGUCUGCAGAGUUCAAACACUUGACCCUGAGGGAGCAGAAGUGUGGGAAUGGAGGCAGGACCAACAGUGACGCCUCGCAGAUUGUGACAGAAGAGCUCCACCUCAUCACGUUUGAGACGGAGGUCUACCAUCAAGGCCUGAAGAUCGACCUGGAGACACACUCCCUGCCUGUGGUUGUGAUCUCCAACAUUUGUCAGAUGCCAAAUGCCUGGGCCUCUAUCCUGUGGUAUAACAUGCUCACCAACCAUCCAAAGAACAUCAACUUUUUCACAAAGCCACCCGUGGGUACAUGGGACCAGGUGGCUGAGGUUUUGACCUGGCAGUUCUCCUCCACCACCAAGAGAGGCCUGAACCUGGAACAGCUGACCACUCUGGCUGAGAGGCUGCUGGGUCUAUGUGUGAACUACUCUGGAUGCCAAAUCACUUGGGCCAAGUUCUGCAAAGAAAACAUGGCUGGCAAAGGCUUCUCUUUCUGGGUGUGGUUAGACAACAUCAUCGACCUGGUGAAGAAAUAUAUCCUGGCACUCUGGAAUGAAGGGUUCAUCACAGGCUUCAUCAGUAAGGAGAGAGAAAGGGCCAUCCUCAGCACCAAGCCCCCCGGAACCUUCCUUCUGCGCUUCAGCGAGAGCAGCAAGGAGGGCGGCAUCACCUUCACCUGGGUGGAGAAGGACAUCAAUGGUAAGACACAGAUCCAGUCAGUGGAGCCCUACACCAAACAGCAGCUUGGCAACAUGUCGUUUGCCGAGAUCAUCAUGGGUUACAAGAUCAUGGACGCCACCAACAUCCUGGUCUCGCCGCUGGUCUACCUCUUCCCGGAUAUACCCAAGGAGGAGGCCUUUGGGAAGUACUGCCGUUGCGAAGCCAUCGAGCCAGACAUCAGUGAUCUAGGUAGUGCACCAUACUUGAAGACAAGGUUCAUCUGCGUUACACCUGAGAAACAGACUUUUCUGCGGAGGUGUCCUCCCUUGUUGUUCCCAGACUUGCCGGAGCUGCUGGUGAAUGGAUAUCCAAGCACCAACGUUGAUUCUCUGUUGAUGCACAGUGAUGGGCCAGAGAUCGACUUCAGCCAAAUUGAUUCCUUCACUUCGCAAAUGGACUACACCUCAGAUGUGGCUCAGUCACCCAAAUGAGGAGUGUUGGGCCUGGGGGCGGGGGCCAUUAUCCCUCCGCCCUUCACAUCGUACUUAUCAGCCACCUUCACCUCCACAAGCAGGUGUCUGAGAUGGUCCCUUUCAUCCCACCACCCACCAGAUCCCAAAUGGAAACCUUGUUUUAUCCUGUGGACAGUCAAACACCGCCACCAUAUCACGGGAGCUUACUUCCUUGACAUAUACUGACAGUCUGAAAACUGAUCAUUUUCUGUUGACAGUUGCAAAUUUAUCUGAUCACAAGUAUUAGCUGUAUUUACUAGCUGUCCCUCAGAAUCAAAGAACCAAGAAGCAUAGUCUCAUCAAAAAGUUGUUGGCCUUUGUUCCAUUGAAUGUUUUGUCUUUUUUGUUCUGUGGUAUUUUGCUUUAAUCUGUGUCUUUCUUUUCCCAACCACUUGAUGCAAUGGUGAAAUGUUUGCCACUGAAUAGGAGUACAGUCAUGUAUAGGUAAAGUACAUGAGGGUUUUUUGCUUUUCAUGGUCAACAUGAAGACAUGUGGAAUGGUAAGCUUAGUCUUAGGAUUGUAACAGUCAGGUAACUGAUUUACAUAUUUUGCAUAUAGUAUAUGUAUAGAUAAAUACCAGCUCAAAAUUACUUAGUGGAAACAUACAUUUUUGCUGAAUAUAGGCUGAUGUAAUAUGCACUUUUAUAACAAUUGUAAAAUAGGAUCAACAUCUCACCUGCUUGCUCUUUCUCAAAACAAGCACUGUGACUUGUUUCUUUUAGGUAAUUUGUCGCUCAUUGGUGAUUUACUGUAAAGUUUAAAUCCAUAUGUGUCUUUUGAUUAGGUUUCUGUUUCAAAUUGUUCUAGAAGUAGAAGUCUAAGAAAAGCUGUUCCUUUUCAUUCUGUACUGCAAGAUAUUAAAAGUGGUGCCUACAAUGACAAAUGGGAUUGUAUUGGUGACUGUGUUGCCAGCUCUGAAAUCUCUGAUCAUUCAACUCAAAUUUCCAAUGGAUCCUUGAGACUUCAUCAAUUAAAUCUCUGUUGCAGCUUAUAUACUAUACGGAAUACUGGAUCUGGAAAAACUUGUGCACAGAUGCUUUUGCUAAUUAUCUAGGCAGAUGAAACCUAGAGUAUGAGGAGUAGGGGACAGUUUCACUCUGGCAUCUCCCUGCAUAAUUUAAAACAUGCUUACAACAGCACAUGCACCUGAUGAUACCUCAAAGUAAGCUAAUAUAAAGAGGGGUACUAAUAUAUGUGUGGUUAUCAGGGGCUAGUCAUUUUAUGAAAACUUGCCAUAACUUGCCAUAGGAAAACUGAGUCUGACUUUCUGAGUUUCGUAUUUCUUUAUGCUUUUUGUGUCAAUGGAAUUUCAUUUUUCUGUAAGUUAUGCUCAAACUAAUGGCUAGUAAUUUUAAUAAAAGAUGACUCACACCUGACAUGUAUUGGCCUGCCCUGAACUGGUGGGUACACUGUUUAAUGAUUAAAAAUAAAUGGAUGUGUUGAAAUGA